CCGGGAGUCCAGCCGCAGCUGGCUGGAGAUCUGGCGACUUCCUUGUUGCGAGUCCCGGCCGGCCGGUGUCCGGACUCUCAGCCCCGCCGUCCGUCCGUCGCGGGAGUUUAGGUCACAGACACCACCCCAGUCGCUCGGUGCCCUCGCCCCGCGCCGCUCUCCGCCAUGUCCCACCCGAGCAGCACCUCCUCUCCCGGUCCCCUCCCCGAGGACAUCAGGAACCUGUUGGCAGAUGUUGAAACAUUUGUGGCAGACAUACUGAAAGGGGAAAAUUUAUCCAAGAAAGCAAAGGAAAAGAAGGAAUACCUUAUUAAGAAGAUAAGAGAUAUAAAGUCUAUCUAUCUUCAGGAAUUUCAAGACAAAGGGGAUGCUGAAGAGGGGGAUGAAUAUGAUGACCCAUUUAUUGGGCCUCCUGACACUGUUUCAUUAGCUUCAGAACGCUAUGAUAAAGAUGACGAUGCCCCUUCUGAUGGAAACCAGUUUCCUCCAGUCGCAGCACAGGAUCUUCCUUUUGUUCUAAAGGCUGGCUACCUUGAAAAACGAAGAAAAGAUCACAGCUUUCUGGGAUUUGAAUGGCAGAAGCGGUGGUGUGCGCUCAGUAAAGCAGUGUUCUACUAUUAUGGAAGCGAUAAAGACAAACAACAGAAAGGUGAAUUUGCAAUAGAUGGUUACGAUGUCAGAAUGAAUAACACCCUUAGGAAGGAUGGAAAGAAAGAUUGCUGUUUUGAAAUUUGUGCUCCUGAUAAACGUAUCUAUCAGUUUACAGCACCUUCUCCCAAAGAUGCUGAGGAAUGGGUCCAGCAGCUGAAAUUUGUCUUACAAGACAUGGGAUCUGAUAUUAUUCCUGAGGAUGACGAUGAGAGAGGAGAGUUGUAUGAUGAUGUUGAUCAUCCUCUUCCAGUCAGCAGUCCACCAGCUAGCGGCCAGCCAGUAGAUGAGGACAUAUAUGAGGAACUCCCAGAGGAAGAGGAAGACACUGCCUCAGUGAAGAUGGAAGAACAAGGGAAGAGGAGGCAGGACAGUGUGCAUCACACCUCAGGAGAUAAGAGUACUGAUUAUGCUAACUUUUACCAGGGAUUGUGGGACUGUACAGGAGCUUUUUCCGACGAGUUGUCCUUUAAGCGUGGUGAUGUGAUUUACAUUCUUAGCAAGGAAUACAAUAGAUAUGGCUGGUGGGUAGGAGAGAUGAAGGGAGCCAUUGGCUUGGUGCCUAAAGCCUACAUAAUGGAGAUGUAUGAUAUUUGAGAGUCUGGCAGGAAAAAAGAUCAACAUUUCUACUGAAGACAAAAAUUAAAAUGCAGCUUUUCUCUUGUGCCUGCCAGGAAGGAAGGGUCGUCUGCCUGUCUGCAAGUGCCUUGGAUCUAGAAGCUUCUCAGAACCGAAAGAUGGCUCAUAGCCGUCUUUGUUUUCUUGAACAUCCCUCAUCUUUGGCUAUCAAGGUUUAUAAGUCGUCCAUAUUCUUGAUGUGAAACUAAAUGAGUAGUAUUAAGUUAUAUGCAAGCCAUAAACUUAUACCUGUUGCUUCUUUGUAAAGAAAGGAUUAGUUUUUAUUUACCCAUUUGGUUUGUGUAAGGAGUUCCUUGUUGCUGUGUAUGGAUCCUAUAGUCCUUGUUAUUCCUGUGUGAGUUGUCAAAUUUCUUUUUCAUGGGCCAUCAGGUAUUUUUUAGAAUGUUACAUAGAAUUUCAUAUACGUUUUAAUAAGAUAUAUUGUCAAAACUGCGUGGAUGAUUUGCCUGAGUAUUAUGUUUCAUAUAGUAAUAGCUUGUUUGCAUGGGAGGAGUUUUAUAGAUCAGCAGGUUUACUUCCUGUUCAAUACUGCCAUGAGAAGGAAAUGAUAGAAUCGCAAAGAGGAAUGGCAGUGUGCUGUCACUCGGUACCCAAGAGCAAAGCAGAGCCAGGCAGCGUAGAGCACUUCACCCCAGCAAUACCCUAGCCUGAUGAUCGGGGUGUAGGGGGUGUUGCUAGUGUUUCUCCAUCAUAGUUUUAUUUAAAUUUAAUGAAAUCAAAGAUCCCUAAGAAACCCCAUCCUACACUGAAAUGGUAUAAAUAAACUCAAUGUAUUCUGAGAGUAAGAAUGCAUAAUAGGCAUUCCCUUAUCUUGUCUCUUCAUUGCUGUUGCUUUUAGUACCCCUCUACAAGAAACAGCAGAACUGCAGAUCUGAGUGUCCUGUGUAUGUCUCAGGACACUGAAAAGAGAUUCACAGAAUCAUAGUAGGAACACAUGCCAACAGAUGGAGUAGGACAGUGGUUGUCCAGCAUCCAUAACAUAUUUGUUGCUUCUUAAGUAAGAUUUCCAGAGUCCUGUUAUUACCUUGUCAUGGAUAUUUGAAAUCAAAGGAAUGUUAACUACCUAUUGAGGUGUGAGUAUAGCCUUUCUGUGUAUCGAAUGCACUAGUGUGACUGCAUAAGUUUUAACUCAUGCUGUCCUGAUAGUGAAUCACCAUUUAGUAGUGUCUACCUUUGUUGAACUGUUCAGGUCCUUAAUUUAGAAAGGUAAGGAUAUAAUGAGCUGAUAAUGUUUAAAAGCUUUUAAUUUAUAUAUAACAGUUUACAACUAAGAUUAAAGAAUGUUUAUUGUGCUAUUAUCCCAUAAAUGCUAUGAUCACUCAGUUUCACAUGUCAAAAAAAAAUCUUAAUUUUAAAGGCCAUAAGUGAAGUGAAGUUUAUCUACACAUGUAGUCAAGUAUUCAGAAACUAGACUUGUUCACUUAUCCUUUUCUGUGAUGUAUCAUUGAAGUAGAUCAAAAUCAUCUUAGCAAAAGUUAGAUAAGCAUAGAUGAACUCAGUGGACUCAGCCUGGGGGUUGAACGUUAGAAUAGGUGUUUUCACACAACCUGGUUUAGGGGUACAGGAUUUGUGCCUGUGACUGAAGUGGCCAGUAGAUGGCAGCAGCUUGUCAUUGCAUACAGAACCACUUGGGAGCCCCUCCCCCACUAGGGCACAGCUUGCCCAGAAUGUGAAGUGCUUAAGAGAUUUUUCUGCCUCCUUUUACAGUUAAUCCAGGAGAGGGAGUCCUUUGCCAACUGAUGACCAACCUUUCUAAGGCAGAUAGGCUCUCUGUGAAUGGUGACAAUGCAAAAAUACGGUGUUUCUUCUGUCCAGAGCUCCUCUGGCCUUUGUUCUUUGUUAACCUGAAUAUAGGUGGUAUUGAAAUAGAAGGAAAUGAAACACUUCAAAUUUGGAGUGACAAGAAUUGUCAUUACCUUUGAUUCAUGAGUACUUUCUAUUUGCUAGAUGAAAUCAUUUGUGUGCUACCAGAGAGAAAGUUUUCUUUAGACCCCUGACAAUAUAUCACAUGCUCUUCAAGAUCAUAAUAUCAUUAAUGUGAAUUUAAGCAAUGUGGCUUGUUAGAAAAUAUGCUAAUUGUUAUAUUCUCAUUAUGUUUGCUUAGCUUUUAUUUGUUUUUCUAUGAACAGUUAGCUAAUUUUUUUCAAAGGUGAUUGUAAGUCAUAUUUUAUAUAGCAUUUUGCUUGAUUAUUUGCUCUGUACUGAAUUUGUACUCCAUUGCCAUUAGAUCUUACAAUAAUGUUCCACUCUGCAAAUUUUUAAGGUUCAAAUAAAGUUUAAUUGUUUGCAAACUGU